AUGAGACGCAUCGUGCGGGUCCUCCUCAACUGGAUCCUGCCGUUUUUUCUGUUCCGUCUCACGCAGGUUGAAAGCAAUGGUUUGAUAGAGAAGGUAACCUCGCAGGGAGACCUCGAUUUGGUUCUACUCUUCGAUGCAGGCUUCAAGGAGAGCAAGGAGAAGAACCGCUCCAAGGCUUUGGAGAACAUCGUGGAGCUGGCGAGGAACCUGCUGGUGGAGGGGGCGCGCAGGGUGAGCCUGACCUAUGUGACGUAUGACAGCGUGGGGGUGCAGACCAGGGCGCGCGCGGAUAAUGGCGGUGCGAAGGAGGGUAGUGCCGCUUCCGAAGCGGUCACCUCAGCGGCCACCUCCGAUGCCACCUCCCCCGCCGCUGUUAACACCAAUGGCUCACUGGACCGCUUCAGCAAAGCCGUGAUGCAGACGAAAAUGCAGCAGUCGGCGCAGAGCUCCAACCACCUCAAGGCCCUGAACUACGUAGGCAUCAAACAUUUCUACGACGCAGAUGACACCUCCACCAAAAUGAUAAUCAUGUUCAUGAGCACGGAGGGAGUCCCAGAAAGAGACGAGACGGAGCUAAACAUGGUGCACUACCUACUGGAUAGAAAAAAUAUAACCCUCAACAUCAUAUCAAAAGUGAAUCUCAAAUCUUACUGCCACUACCUACAUAGGGUCGGACCAAACACAAACGAGUUGCUGAGAUGUGUUUUAAAGAAUUCAUUCUACCACAGGUUAAUUUUGACUUACAGUUUGGAGAAAUUCUACGAAGACAUCGCCACGAAUGCUACGUGCAGUGAGUGGUCCGAUUGGUCCGACUGCUCUGUCUCUUGCAAUAUGGGAUACCACUUUAGCAAAAGAAAUACACUCCAUAAUGUGGGGAAUGCCAUAGGGGGGAAGUACAAAAGGACAGGGAAGAACUGCAUAGACCAGAGGAGUCUCAUCAUCCAGGAAUGCUUUGAAACGAGUUGCGAUCACUCUCUCGACGUGUGCGAUAUAGAGGUGGAUUUGUCUCUCCUUGUGGAUGACACCUCUAGUAUGUCUCAAGCCUUCUGGUUGAAAUACAUUUUGAAGCCCAUUAGGAAUCUCAUUGCCCACUUAAAUUUAAGCUCCAAAUUGGUCAACAUAUCAAUUACAACCUACUCUCAGGAGACAUACACGUGGGUUAACUUCUCUUCCAAUUUGGCUCGAAACAGAGACCAAUUACUCCUCUUCUUAGAAUACUGGAGAUUUAACUUUGGGGGCCCGGCGAACAAUUUGAAGAGCGCCUUGAAUUAUGUACACAGGCAUGUGCUUAAUGCCAAUGAGGGGAGACCUAACGCUCACAAGGUCCUUGUUAUCUUUAACGUGGGAGACGUGAGCAACAACGCCGCCAGGGGGGUGAAGGAAGUCGUCCGGAAUAUUAAGCUCACCUAUGCCGCUGAUGUGUAUGCCAUCUGUUUGAACAACACCCGGGAGGGCAACUGCCAGGCGAUCAGUGGGGCCAGCGCGGUCACGCACGACGCCUACGAGGAGGAAGUCUACGGGGAGGGUGCCGCCAACCAAGGUGAAGCCACUGCUAACCCCCCCGAUGAGGACGCCCCCUACUUCUACUCCUACAGCAACGUGUCCGCGUUCAGGGAGCAGCUCACGGACAUACAGAAGAACAUCUGCAAAAAUGCGCACCAGGCUGUCGUCGCCACCAGGCGCAGAAGGAAAAAGAACCUGAGGAGGGCGGACACCGCCCGGGAGCCGCGCGAGUGGCACGGGCGCAGGAGGGACACGCAGGCAGGAGGGGAGGACGAUGAGGCAGCAGCAGGGGCGGCGGCAAGGAGGGCUGGCAGAAGGGCAGGAAAGGGAGCAAGAGAAAAGGAACGAGAUGAGGAAGAGGAAGCGGAGGAGGAAGGAGAUGAGGAGGCGGAGGAGGCAGCAGAAGAAGCAGUAGAAGGGGAAGGAAAUGAGGAAGAGGAAGCAGGAGAAGAAGGAGCGGAAGAGACAGUGGAAGCGGUAGCGGAAGAGUCAGCGAAAGACUCAACGAAAGAUUCAACGAAAGACGCAGCGGAAGACGCAGCCAAAGAGACCGCGAAAAACGCAGCCAAAGAGAUCGCGAAAAACGCAGCCAAAGAGAUCGCGGAAGAGGAUGCCGAGGAGGAACUCGAACCGGAAGUGGCAGACGCAGAUGAAGGGGUGGAGUCCGAAGCAGACAGGAUAGUAGAGCCAGGGGCAGACGCGGCGUCCGAAUCCGUCGAGGAACCCCCAGCGGAAUCCUCAGCGGAACCAUCAGCAAACCCCUCAGAGGAACCCCCAACGGAACCAUCAGCAAACACCCCAGAGGAACCCCCAGAGGAACCCCCAACGGAACCAUCAGCAAACCCCUCAGAGGAACCCCCAACGGAACCAUCAGCAAACACCCCAGAGGAACCCCCAGCGGAACUUUCAGCGCAACCCCCAACGGAACUUUCGGAGGAACCCCAACCUGCCAACGAAGCAGAGGAGCAAGUGGAGCCCGAUGCAGCCGCGGAGUUGUCUCCCCGAAGAGGACUCGGAGCAGCAUCACGCGAAACCCUACACGAGAUAGGAAGAAUGGCGCAGAAGCUGCACGGAGCCAAGCCGAUCAACAGAGUAUCCCCCUACUACUUCCACAACGGAGGAAAUCUAAAAGGUUUAAAUAAAAACAGAGUCGUUCUAAAAUCAAUUACCAAUUUGGAACGAAUAGAUGAUGUAGAAGAGGAGGAGGAUGAGGUAGAUGCAGAACCCGUUUUGAACCCAUUGAAGAAAUACGCCUCAGUGUACAACAUAGAUGCAUUGCCAUCGUACAAAAAUAAAGGGAAAAAAAAUUUAAUCUGUCGACUGAUGAAAUUCCUUUUUAGGAAAAAAAAAAAAUAUAAAUUAAAAAGAAUUGAUCCCAAGGAUAAGGAAAAGAUAAAGCAGUUCAUAGCAGAUGUAAAAAAGCUCAGCGACUCUGACGAAACGAACCUCCAAAGGGAGAGACAAAUAGAGGAGGAAUUUAACGCACUCCUAGAGAGCAUUUUUAAAAAUCAUGGCAGUUUACCUUUCGGGGAUUUCGACUUUGACUCUGUAAGUGUGUCUAGCUAUGGCUCUCACAUGGAGGAGGACGAGGAUGCGGACGAGCUGGGGCUGGAGAGUGCCUUGCCCUGCAGCUGGUUCUACAUAGAUGCGGCGCAGAUGAACGUGGACACCGCGGCUGACGCGAGGAGGUUGGCUGAUGGGAAGGGGUUGGCCAACUCGAGGGGGCUGACUGAUGCGGACACCGCCGCUGGUUCCGCCGCUAACUCCGCGGACGACGAUUCCGAGGGGGAGGUCACUCCCGCCGAAGCGGGGAAGAGCAUCCUGGACGACGUCUCCAUAGCGGACAUACUGGUGAAGGAGGGCGGCUUUGCGACCAGCGAAAAGAGGAAGCUCAAAAGGAGGAAGAGGUCUCUCGAUCAGGCACACGGGAUAGAUUCGUCGAACAAAGAAAAUGAAGCUGCGAACAAUGCAGCUUCAGGUGGAAGCGCAGACAGAAGGGGAGGAGGAGGACAAGCAGUGUUCCUACCUCGCAGUCGUGGUAACGAGAAAAAGGUUGAAGAUGGCAAGAAGGCAGUAGGCCACGGUGGGGAGAAUGGAGCGGUACCACCUUCACCCCCCUCGUCGCCCACCUUUUCGUCUACCAAGUCCCUCUCUCUCGUUGGAAGCAAACCACAGAUGAAGAAAAAAUUCAAAUCCAAAUUCGACCUCAUUCAGCGCUUCAAAAACAUGGCAGCCGUGGUGGACGGCCAGACAGGAAUCAGCUUCGAUUCUAAGAAGUACCCAUCCCCAGCAAGCAACGAAGGGAAAAGAACAGCUAGCCAUCUGGAGGAGCACCCAGGAGGGAAGAAGGACGACCCUUCCGCACAUACCCCCAACGGCUUUCAAAGAGGGAAGUGUUCCAAAGAGGCUAAUGAGCCAUGUGAUCAAGGGGGGGUAGUGCCUCCUCCUGCACCCCCUACCAUGAAUUAUAAAAAAGAAAAACGAAGCGAGUCAACCGUUGGGGGCAGAACCGCCUCAAAUGGACACGUCCAAGUGGACGACACCUGCGGGAUGAAACCAGGCGAAAAAAAGGAAGCAGCAAGUGGUGCGAAGAGCGAAGCAUCAAGUGGUACGAACGAAGCGGCAAGUGCCACGAACGAAACACACGCACAUAACCCGAAGGAGCAGGUGCAGUACGACCUCCUCCAACAAACGCAUUCGAACAGUCACUGGGAAAUAGGAAGCUACGACCCCGUUGAGGAAGAAGAGUAUGUAGACACAAGCAUAUAUAAAUAUUCUGCCUCCUUCGCUCUGAUCACCGUCAUCCUUCUAGGCACCGCCUUUCUGUACAUACGCAAUCAGAAGAACCUUAUGGAGCCCGUCCCUGUGACGUUUAACGACUUUGUAACCCACAAGGGGGAGAAGAAGGUGGAGUGUAGGGAGCAAAACAUUGAGGUAAAGCCGGAUGAGACGUCUUGGCAGUAG